AAAUAAAAAAUAAUUUAAAUGUAAGAGGAAAAAGAGAAAAAGAGUAGAAAAACGGAAAAAGUGAGUCAUCAACAACAACAACAACGACACACCAUACAAAAAAUUGUGUGUGUGUGUAUUUUAUUAUUAUUAUAUUAGUAGCGGAUGGUUAGAGCCACAAAAAAAUUAAAAACAAUAAAAAAAUAUUUUUUAUACAAAAGUGCAUGAAAUUUGCUUGUAACAAAGAAAAAAAAACAAAAAAAAAUAAUUUAUAGAAUUUUCUUCUAAUUUUACACACAUUAUUAGGUGCAACAUCAAAAACAACAACAACAACAAAUUACAGAACAUUUUCGGCGACAUCGACACUCUUUCAUUUCAAUAUCGAUUUACAAAAAGAAAAAUAAUUCCUAAAUAAUAAUAAUUUUUUUCCUGAACAUGAAAAUUGUUCUCUUUGAAUGACUUAUGAAUGGAAUGGAAUGUUAUUGUAUUCUAAAGCCCAACUUUUUGCCCAAAGUUGGACAAGUAGCAGAAAGUCCCUACAACAGGGCACCACACAAUGGAUGAAGAAUUGGAAAAUAAGCUAUGAAAAGUAAAGGGGCGUUCGUGCCCCACAGUGACCAUGGGGUUGCCAAAACCAAAAACUAUAUCAGUAGCGAGAAGAAGUUAGACAUCAACAGCAAGAAUGAUCAUCAAUUGUUUCAUCGCAAUUCGCGAGAUUUUGUCGUUGGCACGUGCUUUGAGCCAUUUACGUCGCGCCAACCCUUUUUCGUUUUUAUCGCUUGGUUCUUAGUUAUUGCCAUCGCGAGUACGUCGCUCAUUGAUGCGAGUGACGAUGUCGCGGCAAAAGCAGCUUUCGGAAGUGCCGCACUUCCCGUUUAUAACUUGGGAGGACCCGAUGCGACGGCGGCGUAUGACAGCGAAAUCCGUGGCUCCAAGAAGUUCGGAGACCCGUGCGACUCGUCAUGGGAAUGCGGUUUUCCGCACGCCAUUUGCAACAAAGACAUCAAAAAAUGUCAGUGCGACGAUCGGUUUCCCGCAACGAAUCAUCUCGACAAGUGCGGAAAAUUGGCAAAAGUCAACGAAAGCUGCUUUUUCACGGAGCAGUGCGAGAUAAUGACCGAACAGACAGAAUGUCGUGAUGGCAAGUGCAUUUGUAUGUUUGAAAUGAGUCCAAUUUUAAAUCCGGAUAAGACAUACAGCUGCGUUGCUGUUAAGGAUAUGCCGCCGGAAAAGCUUCAAUACGUCGAUCCAACAAUGAUUUUUAUACUCGUUGUAAUGGCUUUAAUGUUUAUUAUUAUUUGCAUUGUACUUCGAUUAUUCGCUAGUGCACGAUGGCGUGAAAACCGCACAAUUUUCAACACACCCAAUCCGCGUCUCAUGAAUGUCUCGUUGCUGCGCGAAAAUAAAUUGCUGCACGGCGAGAGACGAGGCUCCCGGAUGUCGGUUCGGAUGCCGUCUCGACAACCGAGCAUGGCUUCAUUGCGCCCCCAUUCGCCGAAUGCAUCGAUGGGAAGAGCCCAAAAACUAGCACUCCAAAAUAAACUUGCUAUUGAUAAGCGGAAGCAAUUAGCGUGUAGAGUGGAAAUGGGAUAUGUCACCUAGCACCCGCCACAACAUUGUCAUUAUUUAGAUCUUGAUAAUGCAUCACAAAAUAGUACUCAAAAUAUUAACACAAUUACGACAACAACGCAACUACUCGAACAACCAAAUCGUUAUUAGAGAAAAAAAAAGAUCACAAUCGGACAAUUUUUAAACUUAAACUAAAAAUAAAAAAUUGUAAAUAAAAAUAUAGAAGUAAUAAAAAAAAGUAAAUCGAGAAAAAAAUUAGGACCACUCACCACU